CAAGAGUUGCAAAGCUUGCGUGUCUGGCGGGACGCUUUGGGGUGUGAGGUUGAUCGGGUUGUUCCUUCCCAGCUUCGCAGUCGGCGGAGCCCCGACCCACCGGGAGUCCAGGGUUCGGCGUCCCCCGCGGUCGAUCCGGGGGUCCUGCGUCCCCGCGGAGCCCGCCGCCGCCGCCUGCCUCGGCCUGGUCCGGGGAGGGGCCGGUUGCCAUGGUGAAGCUGGCCGCCAAGUGCAUCCUGGCCGGAGACCCAACGGUGGGCAAGACUGCCCUGGCACAGAUCUUCCGCAGCGACGGAGCGCAUUUCCAGAAGAACUACACUCUGACCACAGGGGUGGAUUUGGUGGUGAAGACAGUGCCGGUUCCCGACACGGGCGACAGUGUGGAGCUCUUCAUAUUCGACUCGGCGGGCAAGGAGCUGUUUUCUGAAAUGCUGGACAGACUGUGGGAGAACCCCAACGUGCUGUGCCUGGUCUACGAUGUGACAAGCCAGACAUCCUUCAGCAACUGUGGCAAGUGGCUGGAGAAAGCCCGGUCCCAGAUCCCAGGCAUGACACUCCCAGGUGUCUUGGUGGGGAAUAAGACGGACCUAGCCAGCAGACGCACAGUGGAUGCAGACCAGGCACAGGCGUGGGCGCUGGGCCAAGGGCUGGAAUGGUUUGAGACGUCCGUGAAGGAGAUGGACCACUACGAAGCCCCUUUCCACUGCCUGGCCAAGCAGUUCCACCACCUGUACCGGGAGAGGGUGGACAGCUUCCACGCCCUGGUCUGAGGGCCCCAGCCUCCGCUGCCCCAGCUCGGGGCUGCCCCCAGCUCCCAGGCCCGCCCCGGCACUGGAGGGUGAGAUGU